AUGAAAUCAUCAUGUCACUCCGACUCCGGCGCCUUCUCCCUGCCAUUCUUCUCCGCCUCACCUCCGCCCCUCCCUCUCCAUCCCACCCCCUCCGACUGCGCCCUCCCCCCAAUCUACAAUGACGUGCUGGUCAUCCUCAAAACCGGCAUCACCGAGGCCCGCACCAAAGUGCCCCCGCACCUGACCACCACCCUGCGCUGCAUCCCCAACUACGUGAUCUACUCCGACUACGCCGAGCCCCUCUCCUCCACAAUCUCCACGCAAGACAUCCUGGGCCCGUACAUCUCCAGCGCCACGAAAUCCACCAACCCGGACUUCGGCCUGUACAACCGCGUCCGCCUCGCCGGCCACAGCGGCCUCACGCCCGCCGACCUGGUCGCAGACGUCAACACGCCGAUUGGCAAACCCAACAACCCGGGCUGGAAGCUGGACAAGUGGAAAUUCUUGCCGAUGGUGGACGCCGCGCUGGCCGCGCGCCCGUCGGCCAAGUGGUUCGUCUUCAUGGAGGCCGACACCUACCUCCUCUGGCACAACCUGGCCGCCUGGCUGGCGCGCUUCGACCCCGACCAGCCGUGGUACCUCGGCAACCAGAUGCAGAUCGUGGACGCGCUGUUCGCGCACGGCGGAUCGGGGUUCGUGCUCUCGCGGCCCGCCAUGGAGCGCGCCCGCGACCUGCGCGCGCAGAGCGGCGACGGCUGGGAGACGGCCGUUGACGCCCACUGGGCCGGCGACUGUCUGCUGGGCAUCCUGCUGGAGAGCUGCGGCGUGUCGCUGACCUGGAGCUGGCCCAUGUUGCAGAUCGCGCCGCCUUCGGAGGUGGAUUUCUUUGCGGUGCGUGCGGAUACCCCCGAUCGUGUGUGGUGUUAUCCUGCGGUGUCGUUUCAUCAUUUGGAGGGGGAAGGGGAUUUGCGGGGUUUGGUGGAGUUGGAGGAAGGGUGGCAGCGCGAUGGGUAUGCUGGUCGGGUGAUGGCUUAUCGGGAUGUGUUUUGGCGGGUGGUUUGGGGGCAGAUCCAGUCUCCGAAAGAAGGGUGGGAUAAUUUGGUGGGCGAUGAGGUCGGGCAGACUGCCACGGUGGAUGAGUGUAGGGAGAUGUGUGCCCAUGAGGCGCUGUGUCUUGGGUAUCGGUUUGCGGUCGCGGAUGGGAGGUGUCGGUUGGGGAGGGGGAUGCAGCUGGGCAAGAAGGCGGACGGGUUUACGUCCGGUUGGAUGACGCAUCGGGUUCAGGCGGUUGCGGACAGUUUGGGCCGGUGUGAGGCCAUCAGUUGGAUUGGUUGA